AUGGGCAGUCUCCAACUUAACUCCUAUGGUCUGUCAUCCCCUUUACAAGUUCCCUCUAACAAAAGCAUUAAACCCUCAAGAAAUAUAAUUAGCUUCAGCCCCUCUAAAGCUAAAAUCCGUGCCAUAAGCACUGUCCCAGAGAGCACAUCCGAGGCCAAGGAGCCUGAAGAACCACCUUGUGUCAAUCUUGCAUUUGUUCAUUCUGUGUUGCUCCCAGAUGGAACCCCAGAUGUACAUUUUCGCAAUGCUCCUGGGGGCCAAAAACUUAGGGAUAUAAUGCUGGACACAAAUAUUGAGUUAUAUGGACCAUAUUCUCGAGCUCUGCUAAAUUGUGGGGGAGGAGGUACCUGUGCGACAUGCAUGGUGGAGGUUAUAGAGGGGAAAGAGCUACUUAGCCCGCGUACGGACAACGAGAAGGAGAAACUCAAGAAGAAACCAAAAAACUGGAGACUUGCUUGUCAAACCACAGUUGGCGAUCCAGAUUCUAGAGGACUGGUUGUCAUCCAACAGCUGCCAGAAUGGAAAGCUCAUGAAUGGAACUACGAAAAACUACUGCCUUCUGAAAUAUUGUCGGAAAUUCAAUCUGAUUAA